AUGACAAGCUCCAAGGUCUGGUUCAUCACUGGGUGCAGCAGUGGAUUUGGUCGAGAACUUGCACUCGCUGCGUUAAGACGCGGUGACAGAGUAAUAGCCACCGCUCGCAAUGCCAGCAAGCUUGACGAUAUCAAGGCUGCUGGCGCCACAACGAUGAACUGGGAUGUCACGGCGCCCUUGGAGGAUCUCAAGAAAGCAGCUGAACAAGCGCAUCAAGUUUAUGGACGAUUCGACUAUCUGAUCAACAACGCGGGUUACAGCCAAGUCGGCGGACUAGAGGAACUCACUCCGGAACAAACUCAAGCACAAUUCGCCACCAAUGUGUUUGGGCUGCUGAACACUACGCGGGCCAUUGUUCCGUAUAUGCGGGCGAAACGGUCAGGGGUUGUGGCCAACUUUUCCAGCGUCGGUGCCUGGCGAGGUUACGCAGGCGUCGGUCUGUACUGUGCUUCCAAGUGGGCGGUCAGUGGCAUCUCGGAAACUCUUUACUUUGAGCUGGCAGACUUCAACAUCAAAGUCUGCACCAUCGAACCUGGUUAUUUCCGAUCCAACUUCCUCAACGUCGGUAACAAGCUCCCAAGAGAGAAUACGAUUGCGGAUUACGAAGGAACGGCAGUGCGAAAGGGAGAGCAGUUGUUGGAUGAUUAUGACAACAAACAACCAGGCGACGUCAAGAAGGGCGUCAGGGUCAUUAUCGAUGUCUUGACUGGUGCGACAGGCAAGGACAUCCCAAUGCGGCUGGUGCUCGGACCAGACGCAUACGGCAUGAUCAAGGCCAAGUGUGAGGAGACCAUCGAAGGGCUGGAAGAAUGGAGGGAUCUGACUUGCUCGACCGAUUUGGAUGAGAAGUAA